AUGGCUUCGUCCGUUCUCGUGGCACAAAGCGGCCCACCAUCCCCUCCACCUGACAGAGCAACCGUCUCGGUUCAUGCACUCUCGGCCGGCCAUUUCACCCUUCCAGAAUAUCAAUUUGUGCAUCCGGUAUCGAAAGAUGCGCGAAAAACGGUGCCGUCGCUAGCAUUCCUGAUCCAGCAUCACAAUGUCCAGACAGGCAAGCGGACCCGCAUCGUGUUCGAUUUGGGCUUAAGACGGGACAUCAGCCGAUAUGCCCCUGCUAUACAGAAGCACACAACUACCCGUCAGCCUAUGACGACUGAUCCGGAUGUCGUGAAGAGCCUCGCACGAGGAGGUCUGACGCCGAACGAUAUCGACUAUGUUCUCUACUCGCAUAUCCAUUGGGACCACAUUGGCGAGCCUCGAGACUUCCCCUCCUCUACGUUCCUAGUAGGCCAUGGCGCGCUCGCCCUUCUGCAUGGCACGUCUUCAGCAUUACGUGGCGGACACUCGUUCUUCGAGAGCGAUCUCCUUCCUGAAGGACGGACAAUCGAGCUAUCGAAGCCAUCAGUCCACGACCUGGCUCAACAUAAGCCUGAUACAGUCAAAUGGGGAGAAGAGCUCAAUCUUUCACACUGGAAACCGUACAACCAUCUCCCUUCUACACUCGACAUGUUCAACGAUGGAUCAUUCCUCAUAGUCGAUGCACCCGGUCAUCUGCCCGGGCAUGUGAAUAUCCUUGCUCAAAUCUCUGAGAGGCAGCAGGUAUACUUGGGAGGCGAUGCGUGUCAUGACAGGAGGCUUUUAACCGGCGAAAAGCAGGUCGGUGAAUGGAACGAUGCAGAAGGUCACAUAUGCUGCAUUCACGCUGACAGGAAGGCCGCAGAAGAGACGAUCCAGCGGAUAAGACAGCUGGAGAGUGAGGGGGUGGAAAUCAUAUUCGCGCACGAUGUGGACUGGGAAAAUGAACCUGGAAACAACCCGGAGCAACAAUCACUGAAAGAGCGUUUCGACGCCGAGCUCGGGGCCUCCGCUUUCGAUGCCUCGUGGUCGCGGCUCCUGAGGCACAGCCCAGAGAUGUUCGCUGCAUCACUCCGCCUUACCGCCGUGCCAAAGCGGAAAGGCCAUCUCACGCCCAAAAUCCAAUCUCUGAUCUCACUCGCGGUCGCUGCGGCGAGCACACACCUGCACGUCCCCAAUAUCCAGCGAUACACUCAGCAAGCGCUCUCAAAUGGGGCGACAAAGGCGGAGAUCGUGGAGACGCUGUGUCUCACGAGCACGCUGGGGAUUCACGCGUGUAACAUCGGUGUGCCACUGUUAGUGGAGGUUCUCAGAGAAGAGGGGCGCGAGGUGAAAAGCGGUAUGGACGGAAUGAGCAAGCAGCAGUGGGAGCUGAAGGAAGAGUUUGAGAAGAAAAGGGGGUAUUGGCAUGGGUUCUGGGAAGACUUUUUGAGGAUGAGUCCGGAGUUUUUUGGGGCGUAUGUGGAGUUUUCAAGUGUGCCAUGGGUUAAUGAGGGGGGAAAGGGUGUGUUGGAGCCAAAGGUCAAAGAACUAAUAUACUGCGCCUUCGAUUGUGCGGCGACGCAUUUGUACAAACCCGGACUGAAACUGCACAUGAAGAAUGUGCUUGGGUAUGGCGGGACACCAGAGGAGAUCAUGGAGGUGCUGGAGCUAGCAUCGUUACUGAGCAUAAGCACAAUGGAUGUCGCUUUACCCAUUCUAGAAAAGGAGCUGGAGAGUCAAUAG